CACCGAUCUCUCGCUCGACCGCUCCCAAUUCCCGAGUUCCCGGUCGCGAAACGCAAGCGCCGCCGCCGCUCUUCGCCGGCCGUUCGUCUCGGGCCCGGCCGGCCGCGCCGUGAGCCGCCGGCCAGAACCGGAAGCAAAGUUUUAUUUGUUUCAGAGUUUAGGGGUGCAUUAUGUCUUCAGAGGAGCUGAGAGCAAGCUUUUCAGAUUUGGCAGUGGGUUCACACACCCGGACAGAGAGCCAAACUGAUUCUUCAGGUGAUCAGUCAUCCACGGGGGGCGUGCAAGUCACUUGUUUCACAGAGGACCUUCAUGACGUCACACUUCAUUUUCAGAUAAUAAGGUUCUCUAAACAGAUUUAUGCAUGGAUUGGAUGCAAUACAGCAAAGUUUGGCCAUUUAUAUGCUGCUGCAACCACUCGACCGGGUAACACAGUGAGUGUCACCUCUGUACUAGGAGGAACAUCUGAUAACACCGGGUCAAGCAUGGCCCGUCGUUUAGUGCUGAAGACUGGCCUAAAUAUAGUUCUGGCAUGCAACAUUCCAAAAGACAGCCCCAUGCUUGAGGCUGCUGCGGAGAGGAAGCUGGUAGAGAAGCUGAGAGGUUUAGGCUAUAUCAAAUCCAAAGCUGGGGAGGCUAAAACUUCCAAUGCGCAGUGAUGGGUGCCUCUGAGCUCUUAUAGUUAAAUUGCAGUUAGUCAUUAGAUACAGGUAGAAGCUUUGUGAUCUGGUGCGCUUAACUGAUGGGGUACUUCUGUCAUGUGCCGAAAAUGUUCUGAAAUCUGAAUUAUACCUUUGAAGGCUCAACAACCACUUGAGAUGUAUGUUGGUGAAAUGUUGCGUGUGAUUGGCGAUUGUGGCAUCUCCAUGGAAUGAAUUGAACAUGUUCUGAUGUCAUACUUA